GUGGGCAAUGCCACGUGGAAAUUACGUUGGCUUCCGACUGAACAGGAGACGUUGAAAUCCAUUUCGCUGCCUCAACGCCUGCCUUUCCUCCACAAACCGUCCCACAAACUGUCAAACGCAGUCACAUACAAGGCUUAUUGGAUUAAUCUCUAUCUCUCUUUCUCAUACAUACAUAGUUUCAAACCCACAGGCCUCAAACGUGUGUACUUUUCGUCCUCAUCUUUUGGUUCUCUUUCUCUUUUGGGUCUGGCUCUUUUGGGCCAAUAAUUCCUCAGAACGCUGAAAAAGGAAGGAGAUUCAGGGGGGCCAACUGACUCAGCUGAGCUCUGUGUGUUUUUAUUCAAAUAUAUGCAAAAUAACUUCUGGGUUUUGUAACUUUACAGCAAAGAGUCCUUGUGGUUUCUUCAAUGUGGGUAUUCUUGUGUCAUCAGCCUCAGCACUAUGUUGGAGUCAGUGACUUAUUUUGAAAGCUCUAAGGGAUACAACACUAUCAAACAAAAGAGGCCAUUUAUGGCCUGCUCUCUAGCCUUAUCACGGUUUUGUGGGCGUUCUUUUAUUCCAUAUUCUAGCAACCAGCAAAUGAAUCCAAUAUCAUAUGCCACCAAUUACAAGAUGAGGCAUCCCCCCUUUGUUUCAAGAAAUUUCUUAGGAAAUCCUUUGUUAGCUGCUUCUGUAUACAGCUGGAGAGGACUUGAUUUCUCAAACCAUGGACCAGCCCACUCAGAAAGAUUUCGGAUGUAUGCAGCACUUGAUGUUGCCACCGCUGUUGAUGUUAUUAAUGAUUUGGGAUUUGAUACUUUGACGUUCUUAGCUGUUACUGUAAUUAUCGUUCCUGCAUUCAAGAUCAUCAAAGCCAGCCCUAUUCUUGGUUUCUUCUUCGCGGGGAUUGUACUCAAUCAGUUUGGCUUGAUUCGAAAUCUUACAGAUGUGAAAGUUUUGUCUGAAUGGGGGAUUCUUUUCUUGCUAUUUGAGAUGGGCUUGGAGCUUUCUUUUUCACGUCUAAAGGCUCUUGCAAAAUAUGCCUUUGGCAUGGGAUUAACUCAGGUCGUAUUGUCUACUCUUGCUUUCACAGCCUUCGAACUUCCUCCAAAUGGGGCUAUUGGAACCAGAAUUUUGACGUUCCUCUUUAACUCAAGGCCUGAUUUGGUCAACAUCAGAAGCAUUGAUGAAGCCGUAGUGAUUGGUGCUGCUCUCUCUCUCUCUUCUUCAGCUUUUGUACUUCAGCUACUUGCAGAGAAAGGUGAACUCCCUACAAGAUUUGGCUCAGCAACUUUAGGGAUACUUCUUUUACAGGACAUAGCAGUCGUACCUCUCUUAGUCAUACUUCCAGUGCUGGAAAGCCAGAACCUAGCGGAGGAAAGUAUAUGGCCAAUGCUUCUGAAGGAAAGUCUAAAAGCCUUAGGUGGACUGGGUAUUCUUUCUCUUGGAGGAAAAUUCCUUCUUAGACGAGUGUUUGAGUUUGUGGCAGAAGCAAGGAGCUCUGAGGCUUUUGUUGCGCUUUGCUUAUUGACAGUUGCAGGGACCUCACUUAUCACCCAGAAGUUGGGUUUCAGUGAUACGCUUGGAGCAUUUUUGGCUGGAGCACUAUUAGCGGAAACAAAUUUCCGGACACAGAUUGAAGCUGAUAUAAGGCCAUUUCGAGGCUUACUUCUUGGGUUAUUUUUUGUGACUACAGGGACGUCCAUUGACAUGCCGCUUCUUUUCCGAGAGUGGCCGAAUGUGCUUUCACUCUUGGCAGGCUUGAUUGUCAUCAAGACACUGAUCAUAACAGCAAUAGGCCCUCGUGUUGGGCUCACUUUAAAAGAAAGUGUAAGAAUAGGAUUGCUUCUAUCUCAAGGAGGCGAGUUUGGAUUUGUAGUGUUUUCUCUUGCAAACAGGCUUGGUGUGCUACCACUUGAGCUUAACAAGUUGCUCAUAAUUGUUGUUGUCUUGUCAAUGGCAUUGACCCCAUUGCUUAACGAAACUGGAAGAAGAGCUGCUGAAUUUAUUGGUGACAAUUUAGAUGCUGAGGAUAAAGCUGCUGAGGUGGUGAACUUUGAUUCUAGUGAACCUGUUGUUAUUCUUGGAUUUGGACAAAUGGGCCAGGUCCUUGCCAAUUUCUUGUCCACUCCAUUGGCCUCUGGGAUAGAUGGCGAUAAUGUGGGAUGGCCAUUUGUAGCUUUUGAUCUUGACCCUUCUGUGGUGAAGGCGUCUAGAAAACUUGGUUUUCCAAUUCUUUAUGGGGAUGGAUCACGUCCAGCAGUUUUGCAAUCUGCUGGUAUCUCUUGCCCAAAAGCUGUCAUGGUUAUGUACACUGCAAGAAAUAAAACAACUGAGGCAGUUCAAAGCCUUCGACUUGCUUUCCCUGCGGUCCCAAUUUAUGCCAGAGCUCUAGAUCUCAAGCACCUUUUAGAUCUGAAGAAAGCGGGUGCAACAGAUGCUAUUCUGGAAAGUGCAGAGACAAGUUUGCAGCUGGGCUCUAAGCUUUUGAAAGGGUUUGGAGUUAUGUCUGAUGAUGUGAACUUUCUCCGUCAGCUCAUUCGUGAUUCAAUGGAGCUGCAAGCUCAAGAAGGAGUGAGCACAACUGAUGAUAGAGAACUUAAUAGUCUGAAGCCUAUGCAGGUACUUGCAAGUAUAUAUUUUCCUGCACUGAAAUUAAUUUGUCUAAUUUUAUUGUUCAUAUUGAUCUUCUGGAUCAGAACUGAUUUACAGCACCGUGCCAUGACAUGCAUUUUCCUUUCUCUGGUUGAAAUUGUAUUAGCUUUUCAUUUUGAGAUGUUUGUGGUAAACAGAUCUUUCAAGAAUGACAAGGCAUUUUAAAUGGAUAUGAUCAUCUACUUAGGUUUUGACCCCAAAUAGAUCCUAAACAUUAUGAGAAGCUAUGUUAAGUUUCGUUGAGGCCUGAGUUUAUCAAGACAUCAUUCAUAAAUUAUUCACAACACUCUCUGCAAGUGAUUUUUCUAUUUAGAAUUCGAUUUCU